AUGUCCAGCUCCGCUGAGUCCGAUCCUCCCGAGGUAGCAGUGGAAGAUGUGCCUGUAAACGAAACUGACCAGUCCAAAUCUGAAAGUAACUUACCCGAUCCUGUCGACCCACCUGUGGAAAGAGGAGAACUUACUAUCAUGUCUGAAGAACACCCACCUGUUGCUGAAGCAUUACAGGAGCUUGAAGCUGAGGUUCCUGAGCUGGUUCAGUCGCAGUUACCAGAGGGGGAUAUAGGGCCAAGACAGCUGUUGCAGACGCCUCUUGCCAACUGCGGAAGGGCUGUGCAUUAUUUUGAUCUGCCAAAAUAUACAGAGAACUGGCCAGGUUCCUAUUCUGGAUGGCGAGCUAACCACGACUCCGUGAAGCUGAUCAAGUUCGCGGACGACACCACCCUCAUUGGACUCAUCUCCAACAACGAUGAGUCCGCCUACAGGAGGGAGGUGGACCGGCUGGUGUCCUGGUGCAGUGGUAACAACCUGGAGCUGUACGCCCAGAAGACAGUGGAGAUGAUUGUGGACUUCAGGAAGAGCACUGUCCCCCCGCCCCCACCCUCCGUGAUGGACUCCCCCAUCACCUCUGUGGAGUCCUUCCGUUUCCUGGGCACCACCAUCACCCAGGACCUCAAGUGGGAGCCGACCAUCAGCUCCCUCAUCAAGAAGGCCCAGCAGAGGAUGUACUUCCUGCGGCAGCUCAGGAAAGCCAAGCUGCCUGCACAGAUGUUGGUGCAGUUCUACACGGCCAUCAUCGAGUCCAUCCUCACCUCCUCCAUCACCGUGUGGUUCGCUGGAGCCACAGUCAGGGACAAACAGAGACUACAGCGCAUUGUGCGCUCUGCAGAGGAAGUGAUCGGCCGCAGCCUUCCAUCGCUGCAGGACCUGUUGUAUGUGGGUCAGUGCAGGCGGAGAGGUGUGAGAUGCCACGCAGUGCCAGAUCUGUCACCCCGCUGUGACUGCAUCAGCCUCUUCUUCAGCUGA